AUGCUCGUCCCCAAAGGCUACUCGUGGAAGGCCGCGAAAGCGAGGCUGCCUCCUUCGCGCGCCGUCUGGCACCUGCUACGAAACACCCGAUUUCUGCUGUUUGUUGGGCUGGCGGGCAUAACUCUGAUAUUAUGGCGGUCCAUGGGGUCAGCCGCUGGGGAGAUGCAAAGAUUUUACUGCUGGGGUCCGGCGAAGGCGCCGAUGCAGAUGACACCGAACGAGAACGCCGAGUGGCAUGGCCAUAUGCAGACACCUGUGAUCUUCAACCACCACCGGCCUAUUGAGGUCAACGAGAGCUCAAUCUCGCACGUCGACCUCAACGUCAUCAAGUCGACCCCCAAAGCCGACGCUAAUCAAGAGCGUGUCCUCAUUCUUACUCCCCUCCGCGACGCUUCCCCCUACCUCCAGAAGCACUUUGACCUGCUUACCCAGCUCUCGUACCCUCACAACCUGAUCGAUCUUGCUUUCCUCGUUGGCGACUCCACGGACGAUACCAUGGCGGCGCUUGCCAUGGAGCUAGACCGAGUGCAGAAGACCUCCGACGCCUUCAACUCCGCCAUGAUUGUCGAGAAGGACUUUGGCGUCACACAUGGACAGGACGUGGAAGACAGACACGGAUUUGCUGCCCAGGGACCGCGCAGGAAAGCCAUGGGCCGAGCCAGGAACUACCUUCUCAACACAGCCCUGAAGCCGGAGCAUAGCUGGGUCUACUGGCGGGAUGUCGACAUUGUGGACAGCCCCAAGAAGAUCAUCGAGGACUUUGUAGCUCACGAUAAAGAUGUCCUUGUGCCGAACAUUUGGUUCCACAGGUACCAAGAGAAGAACGGCAAGAAGGUUGAUAUCGAGGGACGAUUUGACUACAAUUCGUGGGUAGAGUCUCCCGAAGGCCUCAAGCUAGCUGCAACACUUGAUAAGGAUACCGUUCUCGCCGAAGGCUACAAAGAAUACAAGACGAACCGCAAAUACAUGGCGAAGAUGGGCAAUUGGCGAGACGACAAGGACGAGAAGAUGAAACUCGACGGCAUUGGCGGUGUCAACAUCAUUGUCAAGGCAGACGUCCACCGCUCCGGCAUCAAUUUCCCCUGCUACGCCUUCGAAAACCAGGCCGAGACCGAGGGCUUCGCGAAGAUGGCACUCCGCGCAGGCUACGGGGUAUACGGACUACCAAACUACAUCGUCUGGCACAUUGACACCGACGAGAAGCCCGGCAAUGCGUAA